CGCAUCCGGCACCCCCGGAAUCAAUAAGUUAUGCUGUUGGGCGGGGGAGAAGCACGUCAUUCGUAGCGCUGUGUGAAUUUAAAAGCUAACGCUCCUAGAACUAACAUCGUACGACGGAUUUAAUCUAUGAAAUGCACUUCUGAAAUUAUCACAUACAUAGAGCCUAAGUCCUAUAUUAACGCCAACUGCAUACAUACUGGGACUCCAGCGCGAUGUUCCACUCGGCGGGGAGGUAUACGUACGUCUCUCCCCUCGAGGGGUACGAGAAUGCCCCGCCGCUGCCGGACGAGAAGAAUGAGGACGGCAAAAGCUACAAGAAUCCAGCGAGAGAUACCCUCAGCAAGACCUAUCUCGAGUUCCCCGAUCCGCUGGAUAACGGUCGUCGCGGUGGUUUUGAUGUACAUAUCUACCACUUUCAAAACAGCGAAAGCCAGACGCGGCAUGCAAAGGAGCUCUGGGAGCGAAUCCGACGAGAGUUUCCUGAGCUAAGGAUAUACCGCUUCUGGGAUAAGCCGGUAGGCCCUCAUCCAAUAGCGAUGUUUGAGGUUAAUCUUUUCUCGCCGGCCCAGUUCGGCGCCUUCAUCCCUUGGCUUGCUAUUUAUAGGGGUCCAUUGUCGGUGUUGGUCCAUCCCAACACGGUUGAGGAAGACGAAGGGGCUGAGCGCCGAAAUCAUUCGCAGAGGGCUAUUUGGAUGGGAGAAAGACUGCCUCUAGAUUUAGAUUUAUUCUGAACUGGCUGUUGAGAAGCUUGUACCCUGUGUAGUAUAAUAGAUCUCUUGGAGCCAAUGUAACGAAUCCCGCUUGUAAUAAGCCAAUGCGAAGAUAAGGUAGAGUUGUAUACCACUUAAUAGUUUUCUGUAUGUAUCAUCAAAUUGGUUCUUGCCUAUCAAUCCCAACCCCUAUACGAAUGUGCUCAACCAUUCCGGGAAAGAUGAUGUCUCCAAUUAUCAUAUAAUAUUCCACAAACACGAACUUUUAUGAGAAUGCGAUAUUUUCUGUAGCAUAAUAUGUCAUCUUUGCAUUGGAAAGAUGCUCCAAAUAUUGGGUUCGUAAGUUUGGGAGUAGUGAUGGGUAUGAUAUUUUACUUCCGCAGUGAAGCAAAGCAUGAGAAUGAUUCAGUCUAGUAGAACCCGAAUGCCCAACCAUAUCCUGUCUGAUGACUUUCGCAUGCUAAAGCCUCGAUUGCUUCGGCAUGUUUACAAUGUGAUUGAUGGUGGAGGAAAG